UUACACACGGUUACAUCUGUAUAUGCUUGAUCAAUUCCUCAUUUCAUCCAUGUAUGUCGUUCAACAAAUGGAGGAAUAUAACAUAUAAAGAGUGAGUUUCCAUCAUGAGGUUUUCAAGCGUUUACAGUGUUUAUUGUCUGCUGCUGAUAGUUGUAUGUGUUCAUACACAGUCUACAAUAAAAGACAUCAGUCUAAAAGGCUAUUACAAGUGCUCACUUCACCCUUCAAAUCAAUUACGUCUUGAGUUGUUUGUAUAUGAUGUGAAUGCACAUGCGACAAGAUUGAAUGCCAUUGAUGCUGAAGAAGUGGAGAUCACAUCGUGUGUGAUAUCUGGUUCAGGAAAUAUAGUUUCCCCAUUUUACGUUACCUCUAAAAUCAACAUGAACGACGAUUCCGAAAUGAUAAAUAGUUGCGGUAUGACAAAGACUACUGUGAACGGGCAAAGGAUUUAUAACUGGCGGGUUAAAGCAUACAGCUACCCGAUUGAAUACUACCCUAACAACAUCGGCUUUAUCCUGACACUACAGUGUAACCCUAACGACCUUACAGAUGGACGAGUUGAAACGCUCGUUGAUAUUAACGUGGACAGUUUAUCUGUUUUCCCCGAAAAUCUGAUUGAUCUAACGGGUGUUAACACCAUUGCAAGAAACGCUAACAUAUACUACGUAGCAAAUUUGUACCCAGACGGAAGAUUGACAUCUACAGAACUAAAAGAUGCUAAGGGCUUUGCUCUAUAUAAUUGCUUUGCUAAGACAAACCCUGCCGACCCAACUGACGGACAAAAAUUCAUAGAUGCAAACGGAUGGGGGCCAGUGACGGGUGCAGCGUUUGCACCCACUACAUCGUUCAGACAAGUCACCAAUACUGGGAACCACAUCAAGCUUGAAGCUAAAUUUUCCACGGCGGUUUUGUUGGAUAACCGGGACACGAUCUAUUUCGAAUGUGCUGUGAGAAAAUGUACAGCAAUAAAUGAUCCCUGUUGUUUGGAUUAUUGUUCGGCCAGCAUAAACAACGAUUUAUGUCCAAGUAGUGUUAACACCGGUGUCACGUACUCAACAAGCUUCAAUGUUCAACAGCAACGAGCACUUCAGUUGUUCCCUGCGUCUACAACUGGAACUACGGCACUAACAUCCGUAAACUCUGGAAAUAACAUUCGAAUAACUGCUGUGACUGUUCCUAGCGGGAUAGACGGAGGUUCUGAUUUACGUGAUGCUAAAGGUUUCUACCUGUACAGCUGUACUUAUUCUACAAACGCAGCGAUGACAAACCCCACAACUUUCAUUGAUGCCAACGGAUGCCUUGUACCGAAUACAGAACUAACCCCAGUGUCAGACUUUGAGGCAGACGACACUUUAUCGUCACCAGACAGUAAAUUUGUUUUAUCGACAGGACAAAUAAUUGUUCGAAAAGUUGGCAACGCUGUCUAUAGGGUACGAUGUAAUACAGGCAAAUGUACUGUCGCAGGACACAACUUCUGCAAAAAGAGAUGUAGGGCAACAGAUAACAAUGUUAGCGGAAGUGCUAAGCUUGGUUAUAUUGGACAUAGUUUCACAUUGUCUGUGUUAGAUGUAGUGAACGUGCCAGCUUUAAAUAUGAAUCUACAAGGACCAAAUGGUCAAGCGUUGUCGAGAACAAGUGAUCCAGUCACUAUUGGAAACAAUGUCAACUUUGGUGCUGAAGUUACACCUGGUGGUACAGGACCGGCCAGUGCAGCUUUUGUAAAUGCAAAAGGUAUAUUCCUCCAUAGUUGCUAUGCAACACAGAAUAAUCAACGACGGAUGUUCAUUGAUGAGAAAGGUUGUUCAGUUGCAGGGUCGCCGUAUGAAACUUCUGAAAACUGUAAAGAUGUUACAGAAGUGGACGGGGUACCACCAUUUAAGAUAGACUGUGGAACAUUUACAGUCCCGGAUACCGGAGAUGUAGAACAGACCUGUAAUAUAAGCAUUUGUACAACGGAAAAUAAUAAAUUCUGCGAAAAUCGGUGCACUGCAGGAGAAAUUCAACCAGAUUCGAAUGUAGUUAACCCAAAUUUGUCAACUACCGCUGCAUUCCGAACUCAAGAUACCACCAGACCAAGAACAGCUGUCAAAUCUGAAGAGUUGCGGAACACCAUCGCCGCCGUGAGCGUCGUUUUAGCAGCUCUCAUUCUGCUUGGUGUAACAGUGGGAACGUGUAUUAUUGUUAACAAGCAGAAAUCCCUAGCUAAACGUAAAACUGGAUGGCAGACGAUACAAUUAUUACUAAAUAUAGACCUGUUUGGCUAAAAUCAUGUUUCAUUAUACUCAAUAUGUAUAUUUGAUAAUGUAUGGUUAUAAUUAUAUAACAUCUCACUAGUAAUUUGAAUGAAGAAUGUUGUUGUAUAUUGAUUGUCAUAAAGGAUAAAUGUACAAAAAACUUCUAAGAACAAUAUUUCAGAUACAAUAUUUCAAAAACAAUAAUGUCUUACAAUAUUGUAUUACUUGUUCCUGUAGUUUUGGUCAUUAUACAGACAGGAAUUAAAAAAAACAUUUAUUAAAUCAAAAAUUAUUUGAAUAAAUAACACCAAGACCAUAAGAAUUUCCUUAAAGUAUUGUUGAAGUUAUUUUAAGAUAAUUAUUAAAUACAUUUAUUCAGGAUUGCAAUUCUAUAGCUAGAUAUUAUUAAAAUAGUUAUCCUUAAA